CAAAUAAUUCAUUUUCAAUUUUUCUCUGGGGUUAGUCCUCGUUUUGCCUAAACAGUAAUAAUGUCUCUGAUCUGCCGCCUCAAUCUUUGUCGGCGUUUCUCCACCGCCCUGCCAAGAAGAGCGGAGGACAUAAUGUCAAACCCAGAUUGUCGUCCCGCGCAGCUAUGCUUGAGAGUCUCGUACUUGAUCAGAUUCGUUGGAGAUCUCGACACGGCGGCGAAGUACGCUCGUUUGGCUGUUUUCACCGACAUCAAAUCGGAGGCCACAGCAGCAACAUGUCAAGCCAUCAUCGGAGGCAUGUUGCAGAAUAAAAGGCACGAUGACGCUUACGAUCUCUACGAUUUCUUCUUCAAUCACUUUAAGCUCAGACCCAACAGCCAUUGCUGUAACUACAUCAUCGAAUCUCGUUUCAAACAAGGUUUAGUUGACGAAGCUCUCGGUUUCCACCACCGAUCCAUCGAAUCUGGUAUGGUCCACGACUACCCAAGCAACGAUACUUUCAGGGUCUUGACUAAAGGGUUAGUCCACUCCGGUCGAUUAGACCAAGCCGAAGCCAUGCUUAGAGACAGGACAGUCGAUAGGAUCAUCUACCCAGAUCACGUGGCGUACAACUAUCUGAUUCGCGGGUUUUUGGAUCUUGGGAAUUUAGGCAAGGCGAAUCUAGUCCUGGACGAAUUCAAACGCUUGUUUCUUAUUACCCUCUCUGAGACCAAAGAUGAUUUGCACCAUUCAAACUAUGAAAACAGAGUGGCAUUCGUGAUGGCCACAUUCAUGGAGUACUGGUUUAAGCAAGGUAAAGAGGUGGAAGCUAUGGAGUGUUACAACCGUUCUGUUCUAUCAAACAGGUUACUGGUUUGUGCCGAAACGGCUAACGCCCUUUUGGUAGUCCUGCUCAAAUACGGUGAGAAAAAACAUGCUUGGGCAUUGUACCAUGAUAUCUUAGAUAAAAGUAGAACUUACCCUGAUACCAUUAAGAUAAUGGUGGACGAGUGUUUUGAUAUGGGUCGAUUUAGGGAGGCUAUGAAGACCUACAACAAGGCGAGAGCCAAGAACCAUUACCUCAGUGACAUAUACAUUUUUACAAAGUGUUGCCAACACGGAUCACAGUCUUUCUUCUUUGUUGUAUUUAGUGGUGGAUACAUUAUUACAAGGUGUUGUCAAAACGGGAUGUUGUCAGAAGCAGAGUCUAUCUUUGCUGAUUCACUUGCUGAUGAUUUCGCAUACAUUGAUGUUGACACUUCUAAAACAAUGAUGGAUUCUUAUGUGAAGGCUGGGAGAAUCCAUGAUGCUAUAAAAACCUCCAACAAGAUGAUCGAUGCAACUCUACAGGAGGUCUCCCAUCUCUUUUGACCAUUCUUCGUCACUUGAUGAUCUUUAUUUGAUGUAUUCUUUUUUAUAAUACUUGUUUUUUUUAUAGUAGGAAUAUUAGGGUUUGAAUGGUAUGCAAUGCAAAAUUUGAAAUCGUGAUUCCACCAAA